ACCACCUCAUACUCCAUGGCCUCGUCAUCAGUCUCCGCGGUGCUCAGCUUCGCCACAUUGCUUCUCUUGACCGCGCCCCUGGUGCGAUCCCAGCCGGCCGCCGCUGCGCCGGCCCCUGCCGGACCGCUCAACCUCACCGCCAUCCUCGUCAAGGGCGGGAAUUUCAACUCCUUCAUACGCCUCCUGCAGCAGACCCGGGUGGACGAGCAGCUCAACAGCCAGCUCAACAACAGCUUCAAUGGCCUCACCGUCUUCGCCCCCACCGACAACGCCUUCGGCGGUCUCAAGGCCGGCACGCUCAACAGCCUCAACCAGCAAGAGCAGGUCGAGCUCGUGCUCUACCACGUCCUCCCGCGCUACUAUAGCCUGACCAUUUUCCAGACCGCGAGCAACCCGCUGCCGACGCAGGCGUCGGGGAAGACCGGCGUGUUCAAGCUCAACGUGACCACCACGACGAGCAAUCAGGCCAACGUCUCCACCGGCGUCGUCGAGACGGCCAUCAACACUCCGCUCUACUCCGAAUUCCCCCUCGCCGUCUACCCCGUCGAGAAGGUGCUGCUGCCGUACGAGAUCUUCGGCCCACAGCCUCCGGCAGCGGCCCCAGCGCCGUCGACGAAGAAACCCAACUCCCCACCUUCCUCGUCCGCCGGAGAAGGUGCUGAUUCGCCCUCCGAGGGCAGCACCCGUUCCGGGGCGAGCUUGAAGGGAAGGGGAGUAGGGUGGAGCUUCAUCGCGGCGGUUGGUGUCUUAGGCAUUGCAGCUGGUAAUCUGCUGUAGGAGUCGGAGCUACCUACUCCACUGUAUCAUUGCUUGGCAUGGAUUCGUCGAGUGUUCUCCUUCAUUGUUGUGCUCUUCUCCGACUUUAUCUACUUACAUUCAUGUACUGAGUUUUCUUCAUCAGAUUCUUCCUUUGUUAAUUUCCUCCUCAUUAAUACAUGAUGAUUCAUUCGUUGCAGCCUCCA